GCUGACAGGUAGACCUCAGAAGCCAACCUGGGACUUCAUGAAACGCGGAGAUGUGGCAGCUGGUGACGAGUGUGCUACCGCGCUGCAGAGGCGCUCGCGCUCGGGAUCUGCUCCCGCGCGUGGCGCGACGCAGCAUCCGCACCGGCUUCUUCCCGGAUGACGAGGACUUCAUCGACCCCGAGGGGCCGGUGCUGGCCGAUCACAUCAACGGGCGCUGGAGGCACAUGGACGACCCCACGCUGCGUGCCAACAUCCUGGAGCGCAGCAACGUGGGCAUGGGCAUGUUGGUGAUCAACCGGGCCUCGGGCUUCGACCUGUCCAGCGUCAACGAUCUCUACAGGCGUCUGCGGGACCUGGAGGUGAACAGCCUGAAGCGUUUCGUGGGGCUAGCGGCCAUGGAGCCAGGGCCUUUUUCAAUCGGCCUCGAUCCCAAAGAGCUGCUGCUGGCCGCGGUCUGCGCAAGCAAGUACAAGGCCCUGCCGCGCUUCUCUCGCGCUCUGCUUUGGAACAGCCAGGAGCUCGCUCACCUGGUGGCGGAUUAUCGGAAGCCCGUCGUCUGCCACCUCAGCGGCGUGGCCCACGACGGGGGCGCGGCGCUCGCUUGCCUCUCUUCCUUCUCGGGGGCCUUCCACGACUCGGAACUGUCCGUGAGAGCCUGCAGAUAUGGCAUGGUGCCCAUGGGGGGCAUGACCUACGUGCUGGCCUCGCUGAAGUGGGAGCUGGGGGCCUUUCUGGCGCUCACCGGGUGGCCCAUCAAAGGCGCGGAGCUGGUGGCUUUGGGUCUGGUGGAGCACUGGCUGUCGCCGGAGGCCUUGCCCUUCCUGGAGCUCACGGCAGAAAAGCAACUGGAGGUCUCUGAAGCGGACGCGGCGCAUCUCCUGCGCGAGCACUCCCUUCCGCUGCCGGAGGACGGCGAUCUGUUCCAGGUAAAGGAGGAGGGCAGUGGCUUCAAGCGAAGGUACAUCCCACUCAUCGCGGAGGUCUUCGGGCAAGAGACGCUGCCCUUGAUCCGGGAGGCGCUGAAGAAGGCGAUCCAGAGGGAGCGCUUCUCGCAGAACGAGGAGUUCCUGCAGGAGUGCGAAAAAGCGCUGGACCAGGUGGAUGACCGUGCUGCUUGGACGACGCUGCGGCUGAUCCAACUGGCGCAGGCAGAACAGGUGAAGCACCGAAGGUGGGUCCAAGACGCCAAGGCCACCGCCAGGUCCUCGCCCAGAUCGUGGGUGAAUCCCGACAUCCUCGCCUCCGUGUUGAGGCGCGAGCUCUGGGCGCAGCAGGAGUUGCUGAAGCACCAGGAUGCGCCCAAGAACCUCCAUGCGGCGAUCACAGACUCUUUGGACAGCAGGCAAGGCGCGCCGAAGCAGCGAAACCCGAAGCUGCUGAAGGAGGACAUCGCAAAGGUGGCGGAACCCCCGAAGGACUUCAUCUUCGCGAUUCCCGAGCGCUCGGAGAUCUCCUUGUCCUCGCAUCCCAGACUGAGGAAGUUCCACCCCGACUACGACCCCAGAACCGGCCUGGACCACGACCCGGAUUGGAUGCGCCAGGAAGCCGCGCGCUGGCAUCCCAAGCUCUUCGAGAAAGAGAGAGAGCGGGCGGUGGAGGACUUGCUGGGGGAUCGCGAUCCCUCCGCCUUUGGUCUGAGCCGCUGGGUCCGGGUGGAGCCCAGGCGGACGAUGUGACUCGGACGGACGUCCACAAGAGGGCGGUCACUUCUAGCGCUUGCUGAGCGAGAAGCGAGCGCCGG